CGCAGUACACGAGCGUGUGAGUGUGUGUGUGCGUCGUGCGUCGCGCGUGCGUCGUCCGUCCGUCCGUCCGUGCGUGUGUGCGUGCGUGUGUGGAAAUCUCGGGAUCGCCCAUCAGUCAGUGGCACCGGAGCUUCACACGGGUCCAAAUCCCCCUUCACAUCACCGCCGCGUUUCCUCUUUCAGAUGAAGUAAACCCAGAAUAAGAAAAAAGAAUAAAGAAAAAGAAAUAAAGAAGGAAAAAAAGAAAAACAUCAUUCCAGGACUCUGAUGCGGAUUAUUAUGCUUUGACAGCUUUCCGGUGGAAUCUGAGCUCCAACCCUGGGAAUACGAUCACUACACUGGACUACGCUGUAACCCGCAAGUCAACAUGAAAAUCUUUUCCUCUAAGGUUAAAAAGCGACCAUAGUGGAACUGGAAUUUUGCAUUCGGGGGCAGCAAUUUUUUUCCGAGCAAAACCCCGCCUCCUGAUUUAGUUUUUGCAUUUCUGUGCCGUCAUUUGUGACAAAUAAAACUGUCUUCUGACAGAAAUCGGACUGUUCAAUAAAACUGGCCUUAUGACUGUUACUUAAGACUGUUCUACUCCUCUUUACUGUCCUCCGUUCACUUUUUACGGAUUUUACCUUCUCUACUCUUUGACGUCAGCAUCCCCUCUUGAAAAUCGUUUACGCGUACUUUGGGAUGUACUUUGGAUAUACGGACCUUUGAACCAAAGCUAUUUUUUCAAUGCUUUCCUAUUGCACAGGAUUAUAAACCCCUCCCUUAAAAACAUCCAGCACUUUCAACAUGACUCUGCUCAGAUACCCGGUCCAGCUGCAGCUGCUGCUCAGUACUGUGCUCGGCUCUUGUUUGGGUUUGGAGUUCCCGGGUGUGCGAGGACAGUGGGCCCGAUUUCUCCGCUGGGACGCCAGCACCAAAAGUGACCUCAGCUUCCGGGUCAAAACAGACGCGUCUACGGCGUUGGUCUUGUACUUCGAUGACGGUGGCUACUGCGACUUCCUGCAGCUGAUGGUGGUGGAGGGCAAGCUGCAGCUGCGUUUCAGCAUCGACUGUGCCGAGACCACGCUGGUUUCGGGUAAACGGGUCAACGACAGCAGCUGGCACUCGGUCACCGUGAGCAGGUCCAACCUGAGGACGGUACUGGGUUUGGAUGGAGACAGCAAGGCUGACGAGGUGCGACCUCAGAGGCAGUACAUGAAGAUUGUUAGUGACCUGUUCCUGGGCGGAGUCCCCCAGGACAUUCGCACCUCGGCCCUGACCUUACCCACCGCUAAGGACCUUCCGCCUUUUAAAGGAGUUAUAAGGGACCUGAAAUACGGCAACAAGGAACCUACACUACUCAGCAGCCAGAGGGUCCGAAUGGACACGGAGGGCAUUUGCACCGAGAACCCGUGCGAGAACGGCGGGAUUUGCGCCCUUGUGGACGGGGAACCGCUGUGCGAUUGUUCCAAGACGGAGUACAUCGGCCAAUUCUGCAGCGAAGAGGCCAACAGCAUCCCAGGCUUGGCACACAUGAUGAUGGCCGAACAAGCCAAGAGCAAAGCCCGCGAGGAGAACGUGGCCACCUUCCGAGGCUCGGAAUACUUCUGCUACGACCUCUCGCAAAACCCCAUCCAGAGCAGCAGUGACGAGAUCACGCUCUCUUUCAAGACCUGGCAGCGCAACGGGCUGAUCCUACACACGGGCAAGUCGGCCGACUACGUCAACCUGGCGCUGAAGGACGGCGCUGUCUCCCUGGUCAUCAAUUUAGGUUCUGGAGCCUUCGAGGCCAUCGUGGAGCCUGUCAAUGGCAAAUUCAACGAUAAUUCCUGGCACGAUGUCAAAGUUACACGCAAUCUCAGACAGGUCACUAUCUCAGUGGAUGGCAUCCUUACCACCACGGGCUACACACAGGAGGAUUACACUAUGCUGGGCUCUGAUGAUUUCUUCUACGUCGGAGGAAGUCCAAGCACCGCUGACUUACCUGGUUCGCCUGUCAGCAAUAACUUCAUGGGCUGCCUCAAAGAGGUCGUGUACAAGAACAACGACAUCCGCUUGGAACUUUCCCGGCUGGCACGCAUCGUGGACCCAAAGAUGAAGAUCCAGGGAGAUGUUGUGUUUAAGUGCGAAAACGUGGCCACAUUGGACCCCAUCUCGUUCGAGACCCCGGAGGCCUACAUCAGCCUCCCGAAGUGGAACACCAAGCGCAUGGGCUCCAUCUCGUUCGACUUCCGCACCUCGGAGCCCAACGGCCUGAUCCUGUUCACACACGGCAAGCCACAGGACAGGAAGGUGGCAGGGAGCCAGAAGAAUGCCAAGGUGGACUUUUUCGCUGUGGAGCUUCUGGACGGGAGUCUGUACCUGCUGCUGGACAUGGGCUCGGGCACCAUCAAGGUCAAAGCCACGCAGAAUAAAGUAAACGAUGGCUCGUGGUACCACGUGGACAUCCAGAGAGAUGGCCGAUCAGGUACUAUAUCCGUGAACAGCCGCCGUACCCCGUUCACAGCCAGCGGCGAGAGCGAGAUCCUGGACCUGGAGGGUGAUAUGUACCUUGGUGGACUUCCUGAGAAUCGAGCCGGCCUUAUCCUGCCCACGGAGCUCUGGACCGCCAUGCUCAACUACGGCUAUGUGGGCUGCAUCAGGGACCUGUUCAUCGACGGGCGCAGUAAAGACAUCAGGCAGAUAGCCGAAGAGCAGAACGGUGCCGGAAUCAAACCCUCCUGCAACAAGGUGUCAGGGAAGCAGUGUGAAAGCUACCCAUGCAAGAACAAGGGGGUGUGCAAAGAGGGCUGGAACCGCUUCAUCUGCGACUGCACUGGCACUGGAUUCUGGUCUCGUACCUGCGAGAGGGAGGCGUCGAUCCUGAGCUACGACGGCAGCAUGUACAUGAAGGUGAUGAUGCCAACAGUGAUGCACACGGAGGCCGAGGACGUGUCUCUGCGCUUCAUGUCUCAGAGAGCGUACGGUCUGCUCAUGGCCACCACGUCUCGCGAGUCGGCCGACACCUUGCGCCUGGAGCUGGACGGCAGCCGUGUCAAACUCACUGUCAACUUAGACUGUAUCAGGAUUAACUGUAACUCCAGCAAGGGACCAGAGACACUGUAUGCUGGACAAAAACUCAAUGACAAUGAGUGGCAUACGGUGCGGGUGAUCCGGCGCGGUAAAACCUACAAGCUCACAGUUGACGAUGACGUAGCUGAAGGUCAGAUGGUGGGCGACCAUACUCGCCUGGAGUUCCACAACAUCGAGACAGGUGUGAUGACCGAGCGUCGCUUCGUCUCGCACAUCCCGUCCAGCUUCAUUGGCCACUUGCAGAGCCUCAGGUUUAACGGCCUUCUCUACAUCGACCUGUGCAAGAACGGAGACAUCGACUACUGCGAGCUGAACGCACGCUUCGGCAUGCGCUCCAUCAUCGCCGACCCGGUGACCUUUAAAGCCAAGAGCAGCUACCUGAGCCUGGCCACGCUGCAGGCCUACACCUCCAUGCACCUGUUCUUCCAGUUCAAGACCACUUCAGCAGACGGCAUCAUCCUGUUCAACAGCGGUGAUGGGAGCGACUUCAUUGCCGUGGAGCUCGUAAAAGGUUACAUCCAUUACGUGUUUGACCUCGGUAACGGCCCAAACCUCAUUAAAGGAAACAGUGACAGAGCGCUGCAUGACAAUCAGUGGCACCAUGUGGUCAUCACCAGAGACAACAGCAAUCUGCAUACCCUCAAAGUCGAUGCCAAGGUUGUCAGUCAAGUGGUUAAUGGUGCCAAGAACCUGGAUCUAAAAGGUGAUCUUUUCAUUGCUGGUUUGGGGCCCAACAUGUACAACAGCCUGCCCAAGCUGGUAGCCUCAAGGGAGGGCUUCAAAGGUUGCCUGGCAUCAGUGGACCUGAAUGGGCGUCUGCCAGACCUGAUCAACGACGCUCUGUUCCGCAGCGGGCAGAUUGAGCGUGGAUGCGAAGCAUCGAAAAGCGAACAUCUUCAUGCUGCUUCUUCUGCAGUUCAGGCAGCACUCGGAUUUUAUUUAAGGCCAGACACUACAGUUGGUUUCGCCAAAGCAGACCUGCAAGGUCCUAGCACCACGUGUCAGGAGGACUCCUGCGCCAACAUGGGGGUCUGCAUCCAGCAGUGGGAGAACUACACCUGUGACUGCUCCAUGACCUCCUUCACGGGCAUGCACUGCAACGACCCUGGAACAACGUUCAUUUUUGGAAAAGGUGGAGGUCUCAUCGCCUUCAACUGGCCGGCUAACGAGCGGCCCAGCACGCGUAUGGACCGUCUGACCGUGGGCUUCAGCACCUCUCUGAAGGAUGGGAUUUUGGUGCGGAUCGACAGCGCCCCAGGCCUCGGAGACUACAUCAUGCUCCACAUUGAGCAAGGGAAAAUCGGCGUGACGUUCAACAUCGGGAGCAUGGACAUCCUGGUGCAGGAGAGCAGCAUGCCCGUGAACGACGGCAAGUACCACGUGGUGCGGUUCACGAGAAACGGGGGCAACGCCACACUUCAGGUGGACAACUGGGCCAUUAAUGAGCACUUCCCCUCAGGCAACGCCGAUAAUGAGAGAUUGCAAAUGGCAAGUAAGAAAAUCCCGUUCAAAUAUUCCCGGCCUGUAGACGAGUGGCUGCACGACAAAGGGCGGCAGUUAACCAUCUUCAACACGCAGGCCACCAUCACGAUCGGUGGUGCCGACCGGAAGAGGCCGUCAGGCCAGCUCUCGGGCCUCUACUACAACGGGCUGAAGGUGCUGAAUAUGGCCGCUCGGCAACCCAACAUCCGCAUCAACGGCAGCGUGAGGCUGGUGGGCGACGUUCCUGCAGCUGGAUCGGCCCGCACCACUGCCAUGCCCCCAGAGAUGUCCACCACCUUCAUCGAGACCACCACCACCAUGUCCACCACCACCACCAGAAAACACCGCUCGCCACCAACAAUAUCGAGCACAGACGACAUUGUCACGUCAGCCGAGUGCUCCAACGACGACGAGGACCUGGAGGAGUGCAACUUCGAGCACGCAGGUGGGCUAGGAGGUGAAUUAGAUCCCUUAGUACUCCCUCCUGUAGCUACACGUGCACCCUUCAUCCCUCCCCUCCCAACCCUCCGUCCCCCCCUCACCAUUAUUGAAACCACCAAAGAGUCCCUGUCCAUGGCCACUGAGGCGGGCCUGCCCUGCUUGUCGGACCAAGGCAGCGAUGAUUGUGAUGAUGGUGAUGAUGAUGAUGAUGAUGAUGAUGAUGAUGAUGGCUUGGUGAUAUCUGGGUAUGGCUCUGGGGAAGCGUAUGACUCUAACCUGCCCCCUACUGAUGAUGAAGAUGUUUACACCACAUUCUCCUUGGUCACAGAUAAGACCUUAUCCACGUCGGCCUUUGAAGGUGGCUACAAAGCUCACGCGCCCAAGUGGGAAGCUAAGGACGUUACACCUAACAAAGCCUCCGAGCACGGUAGGACUACUACUACCGUGUCUUUUUACCCUAACCCGAGCCGCUCCACCACCACCACCACCACGUCCGCCGCCGCAGCGCCGCCCAAAUGGCCUGCGGGCAAAAUGAAUAACCGAGAGCUUAAACCCCAACCCGACAUAGUCUUGCGUCCAUUGCCCACUUCCUAUGACGUAGACCGCAAAAAGCCGAAGAGCCCACUAAUAACCUCCCCCAUGUUCCGUAAUGUACCCACAGCGAUCCCCACGGAGCCGGGCGUCAGGCGCGUUCCCGGGGCCUCCGAGGUCGUCCGGGAAUCUAGCAGCACCACUGGAAUGGUCGUCGGGAUAGUUGCUGCUGCCGCUUUGUGCAUCCUCAUCCUCCUGUACGCCAUGUAUAAGUACAGAAACAGGGACGAAGGGUCGUACCAAGUGGAUGAGAGCCGCAAUUACAUAACCAACUCAGCGCAGAGCAACGGCGCGGUCAUGAAGGACAAGCAGCACGGCUCGAAAGGCAGCAACAAGAAACAGAAAAACAAGGACAAGGAAUAUUACGUGUGAGACUGCGCUACGGUGAAACGGGUGACGCUGAGGCGUAUCAGGAGCUGCACCAUCGGAGAGAAAACGGAGAGAGAGAACCAGAGAGCGAGAGAAAAAACAGAUUUCCAUUUGGCACUGUGCAGAAGCACUGAGCUCUCACACCAACUGUAAUAUAAAGCACACUAUUGUGUAAGCAUACAGUACCAUGAUGGUAAAUAGCGACAUUAGUGACCUUUAUUCCUCAAUCCGGUCGACGGCGUUAUCCGUGUAGAAUACUUCACAGCUACAUCAUUAUCUUUAAAAAAGUGACUUUAAAAAAAAAAAAAAAAGGUGAUCCUUGGCAUUUUUUUAAUCCUGUAAAAAAAAAAAAAAAAAAAAAAAAAGAAGGAGGAGAAAUCGAUUCUGGCCAUUGCAAGCAUGUGAGUGACACAGUGUUCUAAGAGAUGGACCAAAUAUAUAUAAGUACAUCUAUAUAUAAAUCCUGUGUGUGAAUGGGAAAGAAGGACUUUUGCCAAAAAAAAUAUAUGAAUAUAAAUACAUAUGAAAGAUUUGUAUUGUUUAUACAUUAAACGUGGUGUCAAUUAUUUUAUUUUAUUUUUUUGCUCUCCGCAAAGAAAAAAAAAAACAACAGUGAAAUAUCGAUGUGGUCAGUUGACGAGCGAGGACAGCUCCCUGACGCUCCCGCAGCACUGUUAUUCAAACCUCGACCAAAUGAUUCGGAUUUUUACAACCGACUGUGGCGUUUGAGAAAAAAAAAAAGAGAAUAAUAAUAAUUUGUGAAUUUGAGCGAAGUGGUGCAUUUUAUCUUUGUCUCAGUAAAGCGACUGAUUGUAAUGCAUGCCAUCUUUACACUAUGAUGUAUGAUGUUCAGCUGAGGUUGAACAGAUCUGCCAGGCCAGUCGAUCCAUCAGACGCAUCUUUCCUAUUUAUUUUUUUCCUCCCGUCUGAACGUGACCCACCACCACCAUGACGCUGCUGCCGGACGUCACAUCUUUUUUUUUUUUUUCUCCGCAGCCGGAACCGGCUUUGAUCUUUUUUGCGAUCAUGAUGUAUGUUGGUCCACUUCCUCUUGUUCUCUUUUUUAUGAAAAGCUGUCUGGUGCGCACUGGCACUCCUACUAUAACGCUGUUACGGAUGUCUAUACGGAAAAAUAAAUCUAACGUGAAAAGUGUGAAUUCUAUCUGUCGUCACAGUCGACUGUGUCAAACGAAGAAAAAAAAAUAAAUCCAAACGUUUGUUUACAUAUUUUAUUACAUUAUGAUGAUAUGAUGAUGAUGAUGAUGAUGAUAGCGGUUGUACUUUUUAGCUAGAUAACGAUGUACAUAUUGAACUUGAGUUGUAUUUUUUUUAGUAAUUCUAUUGUACAGAGAGAUCGUCACGAUCAUCUUAUUCCCGGUGUGCUUCAUGAAGAAAAAAAUUCGACAUUGACGUCAAAAGAGACUCUAAAGUCACGAAAAAAAAACACACACACACAAAUACACACACUACUAUAUAUAUCUAUACACACAUAUACAAACACAAGUAUUUUGUAAUGGAAAUCAGAGAAUAUUGUUAGAUUAGAGGUCUAAUCUUUCUGGCAGAUGUUUCUAAGUCGCAUGGAUAUUUGAUUACUUGACGCUGUCAUUCAAAUACAAGACACACUUCUUUACCUGUACUGAGGUUUUCCUUGUUAUCAGUUGUUUUUUUUUUUUUUUAUUUAUUAAAAGAGAAAAAAAAAGAGAGAAAAUCAAACCGAAUAUGUAACAAUAAAAACAGUCAUAUGGAUGCAGACAUGCAGC